AAGCCAGAAUAAACAAGUCUUGCAGGAUUCCUAAUUAACAGCAGACAGAUCACUCGAUCUGACCUCUCCUCUCCUUCAUAUUCACAUCCUCUAUCCCAGUCUCCAAAGCCCUCAUAGGCUGUGUGGCUCUUCCAGCUCAACAGGCUGCCUCGUUCGGAUUGGCUGCUUCCACAGGAGGCAGAACUACUCGGCUGGUGAAAACAGCAAUAAAAAGGAGCGCGUGUCUGUGUUUGUGUAUGUGUGAGAGAUCUCCCAACCAGAUGAGCAGACGCUGGCAACCGUGGGAACACAAGAAGAGCGCCGUGAAUGAACUGCAAGUAAGCUGCAGCCAAGCAAGCAGAAACUACCUGGAAGCCCAUCCUUCAACCAUCAGAACCAAUCGGCAGUUCUUCAUCUGACCAACGGAGCCAAGUGGGUCAACUCCCCAGCUUCUUCCAGUUGAAGAGAAGCCAUUUGAUUCAGUUUUUUAACACCUACACAGAGGACAUCUCCGAGACUCUCUGCAACUCAUUUUGACGCGACAGGUAUUUCCGCGGAAAGCAUCAAUAAUCAGGACCUCUCCCACCGCUCACCUAACCAGCCAGCCAGCCAUGUCUCUUACUGUGAAGGACAAGACCCGGGUCAGACUGGUGUUCCUGGGGGCAGCCGGCGUGGGCAAGACGGCCCUGAUCCACCGCUUCCUGCAGGACACCUUCGAGGUCAAGCACCGGCGCACGGUGGAGGAGCUGCACAGCAGGGAAUACGAGGUAGACACCGGCGUCAAGAUCAUCGUGGAGAUCCUGGACACCAGCGGCAGCUACUCCUUCCCGGCCAUGCGCAAGCUCUCCAUCCAGAGCGGCGACGCCUUCGCGCUGGUCUACGCCGUGGACGACCCCCCGUCGCUGGAGGCCGUCAAGAGCCUGCGCGACGAGAUCCUGGAGGUGAAGGGCGACAAAGAGGCAGCCAUCGUGGUGGUGGGCAACAAGACGGACCGCGAAGCAGAGCGUAGCGUGUCUCACAAAGAGACGUUGGCCACGGUGGAGCUGGACUGGAACCAUAGCUACGUGGAGGCGUCGGCCAAGCAGAACGCCAACGUGUUGGAGGUGUUCCGGGAGCUGCUGCAGCAGGCGCACCUGCCCAGCCGGCUGAGCCCCGCCCUGCGGCGCCGCAGGGAGACCAUCCCCAAGGACCGCAGCGUCAGACCCCCCAUGAACAAGACCAACAGCUGUGUGGUGUCCUGAUGUUGACGAGGGGGAGGAAGUAGUGGGGCAUAGCAUGGGAAAGGGAAAGGUGUAGUUAGUGAGGCGCGAGAGGGUUGGAGGAAGCGAGGGCUGUUGCACAGGACUGGAGAGGAGGGGUAAUACGGACUUGAACUCCUUUUGGUACUGAUGAAUAUCUGAUCGAUUGAUGGAGAGAAACGAAACCGGGUGUUUCCUGACGCUCGAAUCUCGAAUGCACUUUUUGAAAUCAUCAAUUCAAAAACAGUUUAUUAAAAUUAGCCAAAGGUAAACGCGCAUAUCAGUUUGCAGGUCAUGAUGUAGAAGGAGAUACACCGAAGUGAAUACGUCUUAUUUGUAUGUUGCUGCUUAUGGGGAAACAGCGACGAUGGUCGCAUCAGGACGUAUACCUUUCACUUUACAAAUGGUAUUUGCCAAGGCAUUGCGAAUGUUGCAAAAUUAAUUGUUUCCUCUUUGCAAUUUAGAAAUUGUAUAUAAAUGUGUUGGCUGAUUGCCAAACCUUAUUUGUGAUAUUGGAAAUUCAUGAUUUUACAAAAAGUUUGUAUUUCAAUUUUCUUUGUCAUUGUUUUUAUUUACUUUAAGUAUUUUUUUUUAUCGAAUUAAAUGUUUAGCGUAUAAUAAACGUUUGUCAUAAUGAGUGUUUUUGUCCAUCACGUUUUUACCCAAUGUUGAGUAAUGGUGAAUGCAUCACGCACGAGCCUGAAUAUAACUUCUAAAAAGAUUUCCCCAAUAAAUAUAGGGAACUCAAUUCAAACUUAAUGGUGAAAGAAAUUGUGAACCAAGUUCAAAAUGUUUUCAUCUCUAAGGGCAAUUAGCAGUGAACUCACGAUUGUAUUUAACCUCUUCUUCACAACACCAUUUUCUCAGGCUUUUGCAGAAAAUAACCCACCAAAAGUGUAUUGUCUACUACAAGGGAAACAGUAUUGUUACUAUGAAGAGAAAAA